AUGAAACUUCAGUGGGCCGGGCUCCUCUUCGGGGCUUCCAUUGGGGGAGUCAAUGGCAUGGCCGAAUACAUGCACGAAGCUAUGAGAGGAGAGCGUGUCUCUGGCUAUGGAAAACCCGACAACCCCUCCUGGGUACCGCAGUUCAAAGAUGAAUCUCCUCCGUAUCAAGGCCACCGAAUCUCCCGUCAAGACUGGACCGUGAUAUGUAGCAGCUCUGCUAGCGGCUACCCAUGCAAACAUGCGAUCGAUGGCAAGAACGGUACCUCCUGGCACAGUGACCCCUCCGAAAAGGGACAUACUUUCGUUGUUGAUCUCGGUGCAUGGUACCAAGUGGGCGCCGUCGUUGUCCUUCCUCCAAUUGAUACGGACACGGAAGGCCUCAUUACCCAGCACAAGAUAUGGGUCAGCGAAGAUCACGAGAGCUGGACGGGGCCUGUUGCGUAUGGAAUGUGGCCCAACACAAACAGACAGCGAAUGUCUGCGUUUGAACCAUCAUCUACCCGAUACUUGAGAAUCACGACCGAUGCCGACAAGGAAAACCCCUGGGUCGGUAUCGCUGAACUGAACAUCUAUGGAACUCUGUACACCAUUCCUCGUGACCCUGCGCUGGGUGUCUGGGGACCAACUCUUGAUUUCCCUAUUGUGCCUGUCGCCGGUGCUCAGGAGGGAUCUGGCAUGCUUGCCCUUUGGUCGUCAUGGGCCGAUGACCAGUUCCACUCUACGCCGGGAGGUAAAACUGUUAUGACUCGGUGGAACCCGUUGACCGGCGAGGUCUCUAAGCGCACUGUCAGCAACACCCACCACGAUAUGUUCUGCCCCGGCAUUUCUUAUGACGGCACUGGCAUGAUGGUCGUGACUGGUGGCAACGAUGCCUCCGAGACUAGUCUCUAUGAUUCUGCCAAAGAUGAAUGGGUCCGCGCAACCGAAAUGAAACUCCGUCGUGGAUACCAGGCGUCUACAACCCUCUCCGAUGGGCGUGUCUUCGUCAUUGGCGGUUCGUGGGCUGGAGGUUCCAACGUUGACAAGGAUGGCGAAGUUUACGACCCUGCUACCCGAAACUGGACUAUGCUCCCUGAAGCCAAAGUCAGCAAGAUGUUGACUGGGGAUAUGGAAGGUCCAUGGCGAGCGGACAACCAUGGCUGGCUCUUCGGCUGGAAGAAUCUGAGUAUCUUCCAAGCCGGGCCUAGCAAACAGAUGAAUUGGUACUCCGCUCACGAUAAUGGUAGUGUGAAGGCGGCAGGGGAUCGUAUGGAUGAUGAUGAUUCUAUGUCCGGUAACGCAAUCAUGUUCGAUGCCGUGAAGGGAAAGAUUCUCACUCUCGGUGGCUCUCCGGACUAUGAUAAAUCGUGGUCCACCAACGCCGCCCACAUUAUCACGAUCGGUGAACCGGGUGAGGAGCCAAAGGUUGAACCAGCUGGAAACGGCACUAUGCACUACGAGCGUGUGUUCCACACUACGGUCGUUCUCCCCGAUGGAAAAGUCGCCAUCUUUGGCGGUCAGCAGUACGGCGUUGCAUUUAAUGAGGAACGUGUCCAAUUUAUUCCGGAAAUCUAUGACCCUGAAACCAACACUUUCACAAAGUUACAGCAGAACAAUGUUGUGAGAGUGUAUCAUACCGUGUCAAUCCUCCUUCCAGAUGCUCGAGUGUUGAAUGCAGGUGGUGGGCUCUGUGGCAAUUGCUCAGCCAACCACUAUGAUGGUCAGAUCUUUACUCCUCCCUACCUCCUUUCUCCUUCAGGUCAGCCCCGGCCGCGUCCUGAGAUCCUCUCGGGCCUGCCAGAUCAUACCUUGGUGGGCAGUACCUUGCGUUUCAAAACCUCCGGUCGUAUCUCCACAGCUUCCCUGAUCCGUCUGGGAACCGCCACCCAUACUGUCAACACUGAUCAACGCCGCAUUCCACUUGAUGUUACUGCUACAUCAUUUUUCAGGAAUACCUGGAAAACUACCCUGCCAGAAGAUUCGGGUAUUUUAAUUCCUGGAUACUGGAUGUUGUUUGUUCUGGACCGGCAUGGUGUGCCUAGCAUCGGCAAGAUCAUGAUGAUUGGCUUGGAUGACACGAAGACCAUCCAGCCUGCGCAGGAUCCGCUAAGCGUGAUGGAGGAACAGAACAACAUUGGGACAUUCAUGAGGAUCGAGUUGCUGAGAAGAAAGUGGUUUUGA